GGCUGUUGUUGUUUUUUUAAGUUAAAAACUGCCAAAUUAACUAAACAAAGAUUCCAGAAAAAGGGGGGGAAAAAAUGGUGGCACUCGUUGCUGUGUCUUCUCCAAAAUCAACUGUUUUUCAGAGUCCGAUUUCAUUAAGAGAUACCAAUAAGAGUUUCGUUGGCAACUCCUUUUCUUUACAGUUGAAACCAAGGAAAAGCCAGAAAAAAGAUUGUAAUUUCGGCUUGGUGGUUGCUUCAGCUGGUUCUGGUGCUACAACCACCGUAGCUGGAAGCGACAGUGGUGGCUCCGCUGACAGAUUUUACUUUAAUAUCACUGGCUUUCCUUUUCCUCUUGGCCCUUUUCUUAACAGGCGCACUACUAGGACUGAGGCUGUGAAAGGCUCAAUAUGGCUGUUCGAACAAGAGCAAGCUUUAGGGUUCAGCAGUGUGUCAACAAACAUUCGAAUGACAGUUAUCAAACUCAAAUCUGGGGGACUAUGGGUCCAUGCACCUAUUGCCCCAACCAAGGAGUGCAUCGAGCUUGUGAAGGAAUUAGGAGCUCCAGUAGAAUACAUUGUCCUGCCUACAUUUGCUUAUGAGCACAAGAUUUUUGUGGGCCCAUUUUCUAGAAAAUUUCCCAAGGCUCAAGUUUGGGUGGCACCUAGGCAGUGGAGUUGGCCCUUAAAUUUACCCCUCGAAUUUUUCGGGAUUUUUCGUGCCAAAAUCCUGCAAAACGAGGAUCCAUCUACUCCAUGGGCAAAUGAAAUUGAACAAAAAGUUCUAAGCUCCCCAGAAGUUGGGAUUGGACCAUAUGUAGAAGUCGCUUUCUAUCAUAAACAGUCUAGAACGCUUCUGGUUACAGAUGCUGUCAUAUAUGUUCCCAAAAAGCCGCCAGAGUGUAUCAACAAAGAGUACCUCCUAGAAUCAGCAAAAAAUGGAUUGGCAGUGAAGAUUCUUAGCAAAGGGAAGAAAGUUCUUGAUGAACCAGUUGUUGACAACGAAAUAAACCGUCAGAAAGGGUGGGAAAGAAUGGUUCUACAGAUACUAUUCCUCGGUCCCUCGAAUCUUUUGGAACCAAAUGCUAGUUUUGCUCAGAUGUCUCAGAAGUUAAUUGUUUCUCCAAUCGUAAAGACACUAGUCUUCAGCAAAGUUCCAGAAAAGGUUCGGGAUUGGAUCGAUGGCAUUGCAAGGGACUGGAAAUUCAAGAGGAUAAUCCCUGCACAUUUCGCAGGUCCAAUCAAAGCAGGCCGGGCCGAACUAUUAGCUGCAUUUGUGUUUCUUGAUGAACUUUUAGGUGAGCGUUAUGUGACUCGGCCUUCACUUUCUCUACUCUUCACAUCACUUAUGGGGAAGGCAGCCAGUUACUUUCCACCAGAUGAUAUGAAGACGUUAUCAUCCCUCGAUCAAUUUUUAGUGUCUGUCGGUGCCGUUAAGAAGACAGUCUCUGGUCGGAAACGAUGAUAUCAGCCUCCUUAAUCCGCAUGAACUUAUAUAUCUAAGCUUAUACAUUACCGCAUACCAUUUCACACUUGUCCAACAUGUUUACAAUUUUAAGACAUCAAAAAGUAGAGUUCUGGAUUC